AUGAAAAUUAGAUCAUAAGAAAAAUUAUCAAAUUGUUCAAAAUCACUUAAUCACUAGAUUUCGAAACUGAAAAUGAGUACUAUUUUACUUAUUUACUCAUUUUCUAUCUUUUGUUUAUCAUUUUUGAUACUGUUAGUCUGCUCAAAUGUACAAAUGAAUGUUGCUACAAAUUAAGUACAAGAAAUAUCAGAAUAAUUAUUGCCACUACAAAAUAAUAGGGCCCUAAACAUCUAAUCAAAAGAAAUCAUCGCCAUUUUAAACUUUACUUUUUAUAUGAUAACCACAAAAAUGACAAAAUUGAGUAUAAUCAAUUAUUGGUCAAGCUCAAUCGAUUUGAAGAUAAAUCAAGAAAUUAUGCCUUGCAAAGUGUCACAAUAGUUUGAUGACAAUAUUUAAAAGUAUUUUGCGUGCUACUCUAAUUCAGAGUAUUUUCAGUAAAGCAAAAUAGAAGAUGUAUAAUUUUUUAAAUUACUGAAUCUUCUUUAUAUUAAUCAAUACACGUUUGAUUUUUUUAUAGUUUCACAAUAGAUAUACCUGGUCUCAUUUUUAGAUAAUUUAUUGACUGGAUAUUAUCCAACUAAAUUGAAAAAUGAAACCUUAGAAAUAAUAUAGCGAGAAUGGUUCAUAAAUUAUAUGAUAGAGCUUAAACAAAGCGAAUAGUUCCAGGCUUACAAGCUAUCUCCGACCAUAAGGAUGGAAAAUUACGAUUAUUUAAUGUCAGCAUUUUCAAUGGUUUUAUUUGAUUCCAAAUAUAUGGUAGGUGGAAUAGGAUCACUCCUAAUUAAUCUUCGUAAUAUUGAAUAAUUUGUCUAUGUUAGUAGCUUAAGUAUUAUUCUAGUUUAUGAUGAUGGAUUAAUUUUGUAUACUAAAAGCUAUAUCAAUUAAGGCAUUGCUAAGAGCAUGAUGUAUAUCUAUGAUGAAGAAUAGACUGGAUUCAAUAUAUCUGAUUGGGAUGAUAUAAAAUAUUCGAUAAAUAAUUCUGCCAUUCCAGUUUAAAAAUACAACAGUUUGCUUAAAUGCAAUAUGUAUAUUAAAGCAUCGCAAUAACCAAACACUCCGUUAAUCUCAUUAGUCUUAACAAACCUAACUUAUGAGAAUGAAAUUAUUGCAGUACUUGAUGAUUAAAUUGCUAUAAUCUUAUCUUGGUUUACUUAAACUAAUUUAUACACUAUAUUAAUUAUUACAUUAAUACCUUUAAAAUAUAUGUUUAAAUCUACUAAUAUAGUUAUAGAUAAGAUUAUCAGAUAUUUAAAUGGUAAGUUUGACUACAAAUUAACCUAUGACCUGCUUGAUAAAACAUAAGUUUCAUCAAAAAAUAAUUCAUUACAUCAGCUUGAAAUCUCAUAUCAAAAAUUAGAUAAAAUUUUAAAUAAAUCUUAAUUCAAAAAAUCUGAACUAUGUAAUAUUCUUGAACACUUUUAAUUUGAAAAAUCAGAAAAUAUGAAGCUAAAUAUUUCCUUUAAUAAAUUGAAUAAUUUUAAUCAAACAUUAAACUUAAAAUAAUUUAGUCAACUAAUAAAAUAUCAAAUUGAAGAAAGUGAAUGA